GCUCUGCCCGGCUGAAAACUCGGUGCCGCGGCGGAUGCGGCGGCUCUCGGGAGCGCGGCGGCGGCAGCAGCAGCAGCGAAGAUGGUGGCGGCUCCGUGCGCCCGGCGGCUGGCGCGGCGCUCCCGCUCGGCGCUGGUGGCGGCGCUCACCGUGCUGCUCCUGCAGACCCUCCUCGUCUGGAAUUUCUCCUCCCUCGACGCCGGCGAGGAGCAGCGCGGCGGCCGCGAGAAGCGAGACCGCGGCGGAGAGCAGCGGGGGCAGCCGCAGCGGCGCGGACCCGCCGCCCCGCACGGCAAGGCGCUGAUUGAACCUCCUAGUCCCUACACCAGCUUGGAGACUCAGGAUGGCUAUUUUUCCCACCGACCGAAAGAGAAAAUGCGAACAGACAGCAAUAAUGAAAAUUCAGUCCCCAAAGACUUUGAAACUAUUGAUAACAGUAACUUUGCUCCCAGGACUCAGAGACAAAAACACCAGUCUGAGCUGGUGAAAAAACCCCUUAGCAAACAAAAGGAGCACUUGAGAAAGAAACUGGAAGAGGAAAAGAUGAAGGAGAACUUGCUGCUGGGGAAGAACUCCAAUGAGGUGGUGCAAUUCACCGAUCACCUGGGAAAAAACAGCAGCAACAGCAACAACCUGAAGGAGAUUGACAGGUUUCCCACCGAGCAUCUUUUACAAAAGCUUGAGAUCAGCUCCCCUGAACUGAAAUACGACCAACCACCCAAGUGUGAGGUGACAGGCAAGGAGGCCAUCUCGGCCAUGUCCCGCGCCAAGUCCCAGCAGUGCCGCCAGGAGAUCGCGGACGUGUACUGCCAGCACAAGCUUGGGAAGCUGAUGCCGGAGCAGGUGACACGUUUCUGUGCCCUGGAGGGAAAAGCCAACAACAAUGUUCAGUGGGAUGAGGACUCCGUAGAAUUCAUGCCAGCCAACCCAGUCAGGAUCGCAUUUGUCUUGGUUGUUCAUGGCAGAGCUUCCCGGCAGCUGCAGCGCAUGUUUAAGGCUAUUUACCAUAAAGACCAUUUCUAUUACAUUCAUGUUGACAAGCGAUCUAAUUACUUGCACCGGCAAGUGCUGCAGUUUGCCAGCCAGUACCCAAAUGUGAGAGUCACCUCCUGGAGAAUGGCCACAAUCUGGGGAGGAGCAAGCCUUCUGACCACCUACCUGCAGACCAUGAAGGACUUAAUGGAGAUGAGUGACUGGCCCUGGGAUUUCUUCAUUAACCUCAGUGCUGCUGACUACCCGAUCAGGACAAAUGAUCAGCUCGUGGCAUUCCUGUCCAGAUACCGUGACAUGAACUUCUUGAAAUCACACGGGAGGGACAAUGCAAGAUUUAUCAGAAAGCAGGGGCUGGACCGGCUCUUCCUGGAGUGUGACACGCACAUGUGGCGCCUGGGGGACCGCAAGAUCCCAGAAGGAAUCACAGUGGAUGGGGGCUCAGACUGGUUCCUCCUGAACAGGAAGUUUGUGGAAUAUGUCACUUUUUCCAACGAUGACCUGGUGACAAAGAUGAAGAGGUUUUACUCUUACACACUGCUUCCUGCCGAGUCCUUCUUUCACACCGUGCUGGAGAACAGCCCUUUCUGUGACUCCAUGGUGGACAACAACCUGCGCAUCACCAACUGGAACAGGAAGCUGGGCUGCAAGUGCCAGUACAAGCACAUUGUUGACUGGUGUGGCUGCUCACCCAAUGACUUCAAACCAGCAGACUUUCACCGGUUCCAGCAGACUGCCAGGCCAACUUUCUUUGCCCGCAAGUUUGAGGCGGUGGUGAACCAGGAGAUCAUUGGCCAGCUGGACUAUUACCUGUACGGGAAUUACCCGCCGGGCACGCCGGGGCUGCGCUCCUACUGGGAGAACGUGUACGAGGAGCCCGACGGGCCGGGCACCCUCAGCGACGUGGCCCUCACCAUGUUCCACUCCUUCUCCCGCCUGGGCCUGCGCAGGGCCGAGACCUCCUUCCAUGCUGCAGGGGACAACAGCUGCAGAUACUACCCCAUGGGCCAUCCAGUUUCCAUCCACCUUUACUUCCUUGCUGACCGUUUCCAAGGCUUCCUGAUCAGGCACCACGCAACCAAUCUGGCUGUCAGUAAACUGGAAACUUUGGAAACCUGGGUGAUGCCCAAGAAAGUCUUCAAGAUUGCAAGUCCACCAAGUGAUUUUGGGAGGUUGCAGUUCUCAGAGAUUGGCACUGAGUGGGAUGCCAAGGAAAGGCUUUUCAGGAAUUUUGGAGGACUCCUUGGGCCAACAGAUGAGCCAGUGGGGAUGCAGAAGUGGGGGAAAGGCCCCAAUGUCACCGUGACUGUCAUUUGGGUCGAUCCCAUUAAUGUAAUAGCAGCAACAUAUGAUAUUCUUAUUGAAUCCAGUGCUGAGUUUACUCACUACAAACCACCUCUGAAUUUGCCCCUGCGACCUGGUGUCUGGACAAUAAAAAUUCUGCACCACUGGGUACAGGUAGCUGAAACCAAAUUCCUCGUUACUCCUCUCACCUUCUCAAAUCAGCAGCCUAUCAAACAAGAGGAAGCCAUCAAGUUGCACAGCGGGCCUCCAAAGAACGCGUACAUGGAGCAGAGCUUCCAGGGCCUGAACCCGGUGCUGAACAUCCCGGUGAGCGCCGCCCGCGCCGACCAGGCCCAGCGCAACGCGGGGCUCGUGGGCGCCCGCCUGGACGCCUGGGUGGACUCGCUGGUCAGCGGCGUCUGGUCGGCCGUGGACGUCUGCAGCGUGGGGCCCACGGCCUGCCCCGUGCUGCAGGGCUGUGCCCAGACCGCCUGGAGCUCCCUCAGCCCCGACCCCAAGUCCGAGCUGGGCCCCGUCAAACCCGACGGCCGCCUGAGGUAGCAUCCGCUGCGCUCUGCCCCGGCAUGGGUUUUUAAAAGGGAAUUGAACCUUGCUUCUCUGUGAAUCUCACACCAGGUUUCAGAAACCUAAGGGAAAGUUACUUUUUUUUUUGUUACUUAUUGUAAUAGAAUUCAUUUUAAGAAAACAAAACCAAAACAAAAAAAAAAAGUUCUGAAGUUCUGACAAGGCCUUUGGCACUGCCCUCUCCAUCAGCUCUGCUGGGAGCAGCUUGCCUCAUCCCACAGCCUGUGCUGUCCCAUUCCAGGUGACACUGCACCCACCAGCCUGUGGGCUUGGAAACAGUAGCACCGAGCCAUGGGGAGGGCAGUGAAGGAGCAGCUGCUAAAGGGGUUCUUUUUUAAAAUAAAUUUGUCCGUGCCUCUGCUGUUUCAUAGGCUUUCAUUAUUUUGCUAUAAUGAAUAAAUCACAUCAAAAUUCCCUUCUACUCACACUUUCUGGGGAGGUUGGUUCCUGCAGGCUGAAGCCUGUAUGGCCACAUGACCUCAGAGAAUGUGAAGUAAUUAUGGUACAGCCUCACUUGGGUUUUUAAUAACACAAAGUAAUUCUGGACACAGCUGAUGUCUGUUAUCCUAGUUAGAGAGAACGAGCAAAAGCAGAAACUUUCAGAUUCCUUUCAGAGAUUUUUUAAGACAAAUUUAAUGAUAAACUCUAAAUGAAACCAGUGUUUUGCUAUAGUAGUCUUUUAUGUCUCAUGCAGUCGGGUUCAGGGUCAGUGUACUAAGAGCAUUCAUUAAAGAACAAAGAAGUUUUUUGAAUUUCAGCCCUUUCAAAUCUGCAGGCAUUUUUGGAAGCAACCAGUACCUGAGUAUUUUCACAGGCUGCCAGUAGAGCAGGUGUGUAUGUGUAGGCUGGGGUGGGAUGUGAUGUGUCUGCUCACACCCUUUGCUCAUGAGCUGAGCUGAGCUGAGUUUUUUCUCAGGCAGUGGAGUUGUAAACCAGUAAAAUAAUAAAAUUGGGACCUAAAUCAGCAACAACAGGUUUCUUCCCUAAUUUGACUAGUGGCUAGUAAGUCUUAACACUAAUUCCCUUCCUUGGUCACAGAUCUCCUCUUCUUAAAGAAGGAUCCUUGCAGGCUUUGCCAGGGCACCUGGAAGGCUGAGCAGGAUGUGGGUCGCUGCCCAAAGCCAGGGGAAGGAGAACAAUGACAUGUUUCUCCAUGCUUUUACUUUAUUCUGUCAACAAUCUACCCUUGCCUGUCUUCAGAAUUCCUAGCAGGCUGCAUCCUUUUUUAGUCAUGUUUUUGUAUCAUUUCAGCCUGCAUUUUCUACAGGAGGGAAGAAUGAAUUUACAUUCCCAGAACUUUUUAAAAUACAGGUUUUAUAUACAAAUUCAUCUCCAACUAACGUAUUUUACCUUAGCAAAAACAUGCACUUUGUUGCUGUUGCUGUGUUAAUCUCUAGUUAGCAACAGAAUCAAAAAAGACCAUCAAAAGCCAUUGGGUUAAUUAGGAAAGAAGUCCUGUUGCUGUAAUAAAGGAAGGUAUCUGUUCACCCUUCUGUGUGCAUGGAUAACUUUCUGCUGAGAGUGAAGUGUGCGCAUCAGGAGGGAAACAGACCCUUAGAUCAUUCCAUAAUCAUGUCUCACAGGAAGGUUGAAUUCCCUUUUAAACAACACUUGCAGUAGGACUGUAACACACAGAUCCCCAUGGCUUGUAGUAUCUCUGUCAUAUUGGUUUAAAGCUACUUCAGUUUGCUUUGGACUUGAAAUUGUGGUGUCAGCUGUGCUGGCAUUAAGGCAGAGCAUUGAAAUGUUUAUCUGGCACAAAAAUGGAUGCAUAGAAGGAACAAUUUAGGUAUUUAUUAUUUAUGUUUUAGUCAAUGACUAAUUAGUAGGUGCUGCUUUUGCAGCUUGAAGAUUAUGUUAUUUUACUAACUGAAGCUGCCUUUAUUAAGAAAAGGCCUUCCUCCCCUCACACCUCCCUUUCUUUUUUUGUCUUGAUUUUGUCAGUCAUGAGCAGUAGCUUUAGGAAGGUUUGUAGCAAUGAGAGCUGAUUGGAAUUUUCCAGUCAAGAUAAUGUUCCAGCUUUUCAACCAGCUCUAGAGGCAAGCGUGUGUGAAACCAGGGUUGCCAACAGGUUUAUGUAAUAGAAUCACAGUGUUAUUACUUAUUCAGUAGGGGUUUUUAACAGUGCUUGUUUUUAAUGUAACAUUCCUUUGUGAAGUUCAUAUUUUCUGGGGACCUCCAAUCCUCACUGUGAAAUCCAGGGCUUUAUUCACACUGAUGCAACGGUGACUGCACGGUCCAAGCCCUGCAGAUGAAAUGAAGAAGGUCACAUUUAAGGCACACAAUGAAAUCCAGUAACAAGCCCAGGCAGUGCUUGUUCUCAGUAAGACUCCUGAGGUAGCCACAAAAUCUUCAGUCUGUCUUGCACAUAAGCACAUGUGUAGGGGUGCACCCACGCACACGCAUGCAGAUAACUUCGUUUUUAAAUCUGAUGUUUUUAUUCUUAAGCAGGAAUGUUUUUAAGUGCUUUUUUUGUAAGUUUUCAUUAACUAGACCAAGCAGAAGGUGACAACAAUCACAUCUUCUGUGGUUAGGGAAAAAAGCUGCCACUUUUAUAAUUUGAAAAAUAAGGUGCAAAUUAUUUUGUUUUAGUACAAAAAGGGAAAGAAAACAGAUGGUUGCUGAUAUAUCCAUUUGCAUUAUAUGCUAGGUUUAAAAUAUCUCAAAGAAAAUUUAUAUGAGAUUAUUUUCUGAAAGGCAAGAAGCAUUUAAACAGUGAAGUCUUGUAGCAAGCUGGCAAUUUCAGUGCUGUUGUUAAAAUAUAGGAUGUGGAGCUGAAGGGGUUGAUCCUGCAGUCAUUUCUCAGGCAAAACUUCCAGAGUGCUAGUGCUAAAUGAGGAUUUCAGAGUUAAGUCCAGCUUAAAUAAAAGGUAUGACAGUAUUCUGGGGGUAAAUGCUGUCUGUUUGAAGUCAUCAAAGGAUAAGCUGCUGUGUUUGGAACACCUUCUGAGGGCAGUGUCAAGUCUUGGACCUAAACAGCCACCUCUACUGUAGCUGUUAUAAUGCAGACAUGGAUCCAAAAGAUAUAUAUGAGACUCAGUGUCAGAGUUCCAAAUUCCAGUAGUUGUGAAUAAAAAACAUGUAAAGCCAGACUCUGCAUCAGGCAUCAGAGCUGGCUCCAAGGUGAUGCUGUUAAGCCCAACUUAGUCCUGCUUAGUGGCUUCUCUGGUUUGAAAUGGCAGCACUGGGAGCCUGGGAUGAAGAUUGUCAAUGGUCAGAACAGAAUAACUUCACAGAUGUUACAUUUGGUUAAAAGGAGAAUUCAGAGCAGGGACCCACAGUAGGUACAAAACACUGUGAAGAGUUAUGCAUCUUCACCUGAAUGUGCAAGUGUUCUUUUCCAGUCACAUUGGCCAAUCCUUGCUGAACAGGAUCCCAGCUGGAAGCCUGCUUUGAUCAAAAUUCCUGUCAAUGGGAGGGGUUUCUAUUUCCAUAUGCACACAUUUAUCCUCUGUGUGUAAUGCUUUGCUUGUUUAAAUUCCCUGCCCAUUCUGCAUGACAGCCAUGUAACACUCCUGUGAUCAAUCUGUAUUACAUAGAGAGGGAAUGUGGCAAAUGCAGAACAUCUACAUAUGUGAUUUAAUGAAUUAUGUCCAAAGUCAGGCUCAGCAUUAUGCAAACCUGUUUAUAUGGUAAUGUUAAACCCCAAGGCUAAACCAAAUAGCUCAAAUGACAGUUUAUUUUCACAUUUGUCCAAUUCUCUCUUUGAUGACAUUUGGACAUUGAGUAGUAAUAUUUGCAUUUUCAUUUUCUGAUAUUCAAAGGGGUUUUUUUUAGAAUUGAAAUUAUGUCUUCAUUUUUUGUGCUCUCAGCAAGCAGAGAAUUUUAACAAUUCCUUCAUGAUAGCAAGUGUUAUACAAGAAAGUCCCUCUGUAUCUCUGUUGUUAAGCCUUCAUUAUUGCUAAGCCUAGAGAUACAGGAAUGUGCAUUCAUGUGUUACAAAUUGACUUUCCUGGGUACUGGCUUCAGUGCACAAUGCCUGUACAGUUGUUUAAUGGUGUAUUAACAGUGAUCCUGCAGCACCUUCAAAAGUACCAACUAAUGUGCAUUCACUUUCCCUCCAUCUCCUGCAGCACUAAUUGCCAUCCUAAUGAGGCCUCCAUCACUCUUAGCCAUGAUUGUAGUGAGCACAGUAGUGAAGUCAGUGAAUCAGAACAGGGAUAGUGUAAACCUGACCUAAGGGAGAGAAAAAGGGUAGAGAAGAUGCUGAAACUUUGCAAAAGUUUUACAUAAUUGCUUUGCAACAAACCUUUGAACAAACUGGGCUCCUUCUGCACAGUAAGGCUAAAAACCAUUGAUGCCCUGAGAUCUCAGCUUUGAUAAACAAGAUAGACAAGAUCCAGAUAAACAAGAUCCAGAUGUUCCUUGUGGCCCAGCAAUGAGGACCAGCUUUCUGUUGAUUUCUGUAGUUCUCUUUCAUCAGAGCAUCAGAGAAUUGCCAUCUUGCCACUGGCUAAUACGCCCUCCUUGUUGUCUUCCCAGCUCCCAAAGCUUCAGGAGUUGGCCACAUGAAACCUUGGCCAACUCCAUCCAGCAUUUUCCAUAGAGCAGGAAGUUUUAUACUUGAGUGAGCUAAAUCCCCUAGGCUUCUUCAGAAACCCAGCUGCAGAUGAAGGAAGUUGGAUUUUCAGAGCAGCCUUCAGUCAGUUCAGUACCUGCACAGAGGAAGGAGUUGGUGGAAGCCAGAAGUUACCUUGUCCUGAUUUUCAGGCCUGGGAAUCUGAUAUAUGUAGGAGGAGACUUGGUUAUUUGACAGUUCAGUAACAGAAUAAGAUCGACCUGGUGGGACAUGGUUGGCAACCUUUCUCACUGGCCUUUGCUUCAGUCCAGUUGUGAAAAGAUAACGAUCCAUAUGUGUCUUUAUUUCUACCAUUCAAGACCUCCAGUGUAGUCUUAAGGAUUAGUAGGACUUAAGCCCAUAUUAAAUGACAAUUGAAAACAUCAUGUAAAGAAGCCUUUCCAAACCAAACCCUCAGGCUUCUGCCAAGGCAGCUCCAGGGAUGAUGCUGACAGUGUUAGAGAGGACAGAGCACUGCCCUUCCAGAGGCCCAGGAGGAGUUCCUGAGAGCAGGAAUACCUGCUGCUGAGCCCUGAGGGCAGCAGCUGCUGCUGCAGCCAGGCACAGAGGAGCCAAAGAAAUGUGAAUUAGGAUUGAGGACAGCAAGGAAGAAUUUGUAGGACAGCACAUUUUCCUGCAGAAUCUUCAAAGGCAAGAAAACACUCUGAUUUGUAAUUCCCUAUGAAGGUCUAUUGUAGAAGAGAUUGACCUUCAAAACCUUCACCACCAUCAUCACAGUAAGGGAAAGAAUAAUCAGGCUGAGAGCAUUUAAAAGUGAGGCUACAAGGCCUUCCAGCCUGUGCUACCCAGGACCAGGGCAGCAUUAGGGUGUCUCAGUUACGUGUGGGGUUGGGAGCAGUUACCCUCAUGAUGUGACACUGCAGGCACCACGCUGAUUCCGCUCCUUCUUACUAACAGUAGUGUGCUGAUCACUCUGCUCUUUGCUUCUGCCUUGGUUACCUUCUUUUGCUCAUGGGUGCUACCACAGCUGCUACCUCACUGUGUCUGCAAACACGUUUACCUGAGAACAACAACAAAGGUACCAGAAAUCUCCUUGAACUGAAUGUACAAUCUAUGCAAAUUCUCUUUCUACUUUGUUACAACCUAGAAGUAUUACUUGUAACCUUGCCAAAUAAACAGCAAGGUACUGUACAGGUGCCUCUGAUACCAGAGUGACAAUUCUAGGCGCGGUUCAUGGCGCUGCAUUUGUAUAUUGUAAUGACUCGGCUUGGCUUUGGUUCUGUUGUAAUUAACACCCUUGACUGAGACAAUAGCACUCCUGCUAUGAGAGCACCUUCAGUUUGCUGGGAAUACUCCAGAGGAGGAUGUCUAUGGCAUUUCAUUUUAUUUUCCUGCUUAGAUCCAAAAAAAGGCACAGACCUGCUGGCCAAAACUGGGGUGUUGUUUCAGCUUUUCUGUGGAUGAAUCCUAUCAGCUUUGGGUCGCUCGGUGUCUGUUCCCAUUGUGGCAUCCAGUGUGUUGCCCCUUAAAGCCUUACUUCCAUCCUUUCUAAAUGUGGCCUUAAACUGUGUUAGGAACUUUGGUGUUGUCUGUGUCUUGCUCACUUUCUCUGUUUGUUGUGGAACGAAUAAAAGGCACCUUGAGAUUUCUAUUACAGCUCAGUUGUGUUGCUGUCAGCUUACACUUCACAAAUACAAUGGAAAUUGCUUACAAAUGCAGUCUUUAAGGAAAGAAAAUGACCUUCCCUUCGGGCAAAAGGAAGUCUCAGACAUUCAUAUAAACCUUAGGAAAUUAUGAGCUCUGUUUCUUGCAAGUCACUGUAGAUAAGGAACUUGGUUUAAUUACAAAGUACAAACUUAGUAACUUCUAAUUUAUCUUCAGACUACAACAGGACAGACUGCUCUCAGUUGCACAAGACAAAUUGUAGAGUAAUUUCACUCAUUUUAACAUGCUGUAGUAGCAUUCCUCUCAGAUUGUACUGGUAGUUGGGAGAAGAAAUAUCCUCUUAAUGGUAUGGUCUUAAAUCUGAAGAAUAUCACCACGUAGGGCCAGAUUUUGGGUGUUGGUUGGGAAUCUAACAGUACAUUUAGAACAUGGUUGUGUUGUCUAAGUCAUCAAUGCAUUUCCAUAAAUUUGGCUUUUGGAGCUUCUUUCAAAGGUUGUCAUAGUCAGCAGAAAGCAAUGACUUCUGCUAAGGCUUGUGUAUGUUGGGUUUCUUUAAUAGUUUCCUCCAUGAGAACUGUAAUGUUUCAGUGAGUAGCACCAAUAUUCCCGGCAGGCUGCAGUGCUUCUAGGAAUCCCAAAUCCCGUCCUAUGUUGGUAUUCACAUGUGGAUACAACCCAAAGGCAACUGAAAAGGGUUUACAUAUAAAACAACAUUUGUGAAACUAAAAUAAUUAAUUCAAUGUAAUGAAAUUAUUUUUCUGACUUUGUCCUUUUGGUUCUGUUUUGGUUUGAUUGGAUUUUUCUAUUGCCUAACAUAGUCCAUAAUAAGUUAUUCCUAUUCUGUCAUUUUCAAAGACUGGUGGUAAUAUAGUUUUAAGAAAUAACUAUUUUGUUAUAGAUCAUAAUAUGCAUAAAAUUGUACAGAAAUAUUUUGUAAUCUAUUGAAUAAGAAAAAAGAAAACCGUGUAUAUACAGGGAAAAAAAAAGCUUAAAAAAUUGGAAAUUCAAAUGGAACACACUGAAAGAUGUAGAUAUUUUGCUAUUUAUUUAAAGGAGUAUUUUAUGAGAUAUUGAAAUGUCUUAAAUUGACCAGUAAUCAAAGUUCAAAGUCAGAAUGCUUUUCUUGUAGUAGAAUGUGAUUUUCAGCAAUUAUUGCACUACCCGUUUUUGCACCCUUUUGUCUUUCAUUUAGCAGAAACAAUGUGCCUUAGCUGUAUUCUUUGUCAAUGGGAGUUUGGUUCUUUGUCCAACAAAGCAAAUUUUUUUGCAGAACAAGAAAUGGAUGUAUGAAAUACUGUAUUAUACCAAAAACACUGCAGUGUAUAUAAUGCUUUCUGUCAUACGGUGUUUUCAGAUGCAGAGUUUUAAAAUAAAAAAAAAAAAAAGGCUGUCUUUA